AUGGUUAGUGACACACAGAGCCAAUCGCCCCGCUUCCACCGCUCCCUCGUCAACGCCAGUCUGCACAUCGCCACUUUCGCCAAGGGCAGCCCGCUGUCUCUCGAGAUGAAUGAUUCCUCUUAUGAUUCCGUCACCACUGGAGUUCUGAGUCGAUCCCUUCCCUCUCUUCCCCUCCCUGCACCCCCUGUAUCCCCCGACUCCCCCAUCCCCCCGUGGGGUCGUUUUAAGAUGCCUUCACCAGUGGACACUCCCUCAAGAACGACUCGUUUUAAGAUGCCUUCACCAAUGAAGUUCAGAGUCAACCCUUUCGAUGAGGCCUUCACAAGUGGUGUCUUCCUAUUUGCCAAGAAGUUUCCUCGCGGCUCACCGACUCUGGAUAGGAUUGACAGGGAGCUUCCAACCCUCUUUAUCCCUCCUCUGCCUUACGUAACCCCAUUCUUCCCAUCCGUCCAUACCCUCGUCUUCCCUCACCCAUCUUCCCUUCACCCCAUCUCACCUCUUCCCAUCCUUCCAUACCCCCAUCCCCCCUCACCCACCUUCCCUAUUUCCAUCCUUCUUUACACCCAUCUUCCUGUUUCCGUUUCCCCACCCUUCCUUUUCGCACCCCCCUCCUGUGCUCGCAGGGAGCUACUGCAACGGCAGCCUGACAGCAUCACCCCUGACGCCUGGUGCUCUCUCCCUGCCUUCGCUGCCUCGGGAGCUACUGCAGCGGCAGCCCGACAGCAUCACGCCAGUCACCUGGUGCUCUCUCCCUGCCUUCAGUGUUGCAUCGCCUCCCACAUCCCACUCAUCCUCCCCUAUACCCGUCCUCCAUGCUCCCCGCCCAUCCUCCCGUUCUUGCUUGCAGGGAGCUACUGCAGCGACAGCCUGACAGCAUCACGCCAGGCUCCUGGUGCUCUCUCCCUGCCUUCAGUGAUGCAUCGCCUCCCACAUCCCACUCAUCCUCCCCUAUACCCGUCCUCCAUCCUCCCCGCCCCAUCCUCCCGUUCUUGCUUGCAGGGAGCUACUGCAGCGACAGCCUGA